GUUUGAGUUGAAAGCUAACGGACACCACACCGGAACAAGGUGUCCUUAAUUUCCAGGAUAAAAUCUAUCUCCUCUGCAAAGAGAAUUCCCAUAAUAAUGGUCACUUCCGCAGGUUCCACACUAACUGCAGCCGGCUUGACUCCUCCCGACUACACAGCAGCGGAGAGGAAUGUAGCCCCAAACAUCGGAGACGCCAAACAACGGUCCCCGUCUGAUAAAAAUCCACCAUCGUCAAGGGAGAGACAAACAGUACGAGCAAAUUGCUAAAUAAAGAUAAAUGACGAGCCCUGUCCGUCCGCGUCAUGUUUUCGCGCAGCUGGAGGUUUGGUGGGAACAGGUACAGUGAGGUGGACCUCUUCAGAGACCGCUAUGAGACCCCCGCAGAGACUCUCUCCCAGGCCAUCAGGGCUGCGGCGUCCGAGGAGCCGGACGCAGACGGCAGCGUGCUGUUUGGCCAUCUGCAGGGCACUGUGGUCGGCCUCAGAUACUAUACAGGGGUGGUGAAUCAGGGGGAAAUGGUCGGCCUGGUGCGACAGCCCCAGAAUCCAUACGACCGCAACGCAGUGAUGGUCGCCAACAUUUAUGGCAACCAGGUGGGACACAUCAAGCGAGAGCUAGCAGCGGCUAUGGCCUACGUUAUGGACAACAACUUGGCUAAAGUAGAGGGGGUGGUGCACUCGGGCACGAAGAACCAGUUUAAUAUGCCAGUGAUGCUGUCUUUCUGGGGGAGAGAGGAGAACAAAAAGGCUGCGAUUGAACAUAUGGCACGUCGUGGUUAUAAACUCAACACAGGUGGAAGCAGGCCACCAGGUGCAUAUCAGACAUCAUAUAAUAGUCCAGGGGCUCGUGGUCUGCCAUCUAAAAAAGGUUUGACCAUCCCGCUUACUGCAGAGGAGCUGAAGAAUGCGUUUGAUAAUCUGUUUGAAGGCUUGAUGGAGAGUAAAGACGGGGAGAAAGAAGCAGCCAAGUCUGUGGGUACUCCUCUCCUGCUUCACCAGAGGCAGGCGCUGUCCUGGAUGUGUGCUCGAGAAAACAAAUCUACGCUGCCGCCCUUCUGGGAGAAGAGAGGCGAGCUGUACUACAACACCCUCACAUGUUUCUCUGCCAAAGAAAUACCAGAGAGGGUGUGUGGGGGAAUAUUGGCAGAUGACAUGGGACUGGGAAAAACUCUGACAACCAUCGCUCUGAUCCUCACCAACUUCCACCACGGAAAGCCACUGCCUGUGGAGAAAUGCGAGGAGGGGUCUUCACCUAUCAAAGCCAAAAUCAAACCACAGAUGGCUUCCAAACUGGAAGGAAGCAGCAGUGCAGGCGAUGGAGCAGGAGUGGGUGUUGCAGCAGCUGGUUCUCUAUGCUCAGACCUUCCCCAGGCGGAGCUGAUCUGUGCUGAUACACAAGACAUAGUGGAGAUAACAGGCGAGUCGGAGAAAAGUACAAGCAAAGGAAAGAUGAAAGCCACCAAGCGAAAGCCCAGUAAAGUGGUCCCAGUAUUGCUGGAGGAUCUGGACUUUGCUGCAGCGCUGGGUGGCUCCCCACCAGAUACAGCCCCGAAGAAGAAGAAAACUACCAAGAAGGCUGCAGGGGUGGAGUCCGCCAUCCCUGAAAGUGCAGAAGACUUAUCAGCUAGAACAACUCUAAUCAUCUGCCCACUCUCUGUGCUCAGCAACUGGCUGGAGCAGUUUGAGCAGCAUGUGCGUGCCAAUGUGAAGCUAAACGUGUAUCUGUAUUACGGCUCAGAGCGCAACAGGAGCAAGAAGUUUUUGUCCUCCCAGGAUGUGGUGAUCACCACCUACAACGUUCUGUCUGCCGACUUUGGGAAUAAGAGUCCCCUCCACAGCAUCAAUUGGCUGAGGGUCGUGCUGGACGAAGGACACGUCGUAAAAAACCCAAACGCACAGAUGAGUAAGGCCGUGCUUGGCCUGAAAGCUAAGCGGCGCUGGAUUCUUUCAGGUACUCCUAUCCAGAACAGUGUGAAAGACCUGUGGAUGCUGCUGGCUUUCUUGCAUCUGAAGCCAUUCAAUGUGAGAGAGUGGUGGAAUAGAGUGAUCCAGAGGCCCGUUACUCAAGGAGACAGAGCCGGCCUGCAGAACCUUCAGACUCUGGUGAAGUGCAUCACCCUGCGACGGACCAAGAGCAGUGAGGUGAAUGGGCGCCCCCUGGUGUCUCUGCCUGAGAAGACUGUAUAUGUGGAGCAGGUGGAGCUUAGCCAGGUGGAGAGAGAGGAGUACGAGCUGGCACGCAAUGAAGGAAGAAACACCAUCGGCAGAUAUGUAGCAGAAGGGACCGAGCUGAGGAAUUAUGCUGAUGUGCUGGCCAUCCUGAUGAGGCUUCGACAGCACUGCUGCCACCCUGAUCUACUGGCAAAGACAUCCUCAGAUUUAGGUGCUGCAGCGACGCCUGCAGAGCUACGGGAGCGUCUGAUAGAGAAGCUACGGUUGGUGUUGGCCAGCGGCUCGGACGAGGAGUGCUCGGUGUGUCUGGACUCCAUCCGUCUCCCUGUCAUUACACACUGCGCCCACGUUUACUGCCGGCCCUGCAUCGCCCAGGUCAUCAGCACUGAGCAGGAGAUGGUGCGCUGCCCUCUCUGUCGAAGUGAGAUCAAGACCAGUGAGCUGGUGGAGUUUCCACAGGACGAAAUGGAGGAAGAGAAGAGUACAAAUUCUGAGAUGUGGAGGACAAGCUCAAAGGUGCAGGCACUGAUGGGAAACCUGCUCAGGCUGCGGUGUGAGGACGGCAGCAUCAAGUGUUUGGUUGUCUCUCAGUUUACACGUUUCCUCACUAUACUGGAGACUCCACUGAGAGAACAUGGUUUCCGUUUUGUGCGUUUGGACGGUGCCAUGAGCCAAAAGAGGAGGACCCAGGUGAUCCAGGAGUUUCAGAGCUCUGCAGCUGACAGCCCUGCCAUCAUGCUUCUGUCACUCAAAGCUGGCGGGGUGGGGCUUAACUUGACGGCCGCCUCUCAUGUUUUCCUCAUGGACCCUGCCUGGAACCCGGCUACCGAGGAGCAGUGUAUUGACCGCUGCCACCGUCUGGGCCAGAAGAGGAAAGUUGUCGUCACCAAGUUCAUUGUGAAGAAUUCAGUUGAGGAGAACAUGGUGAAGAUCCAGAGGCAGAAGCAGGACCUGGUGGAGAAGGCAUUCGGCUCCACAUACACUGACAGGAAAACCUCUCGCAUUGACGACAUCAAAGCUCUGAUGGAGCUGUAGGUGUCUGAAAAGGGACCUGAACUGAUGUACAGUAUUAACAUGGAAACAACGCAGACAUGGAGUUUUAUUUGAACUGUACAAGCUGUACAAAAUGGUGUCAGAUACUUCACAUCUGAAGGGCUGCAGAAAAUUUGGUUUGUUCAUAUUUAUUGUUCAUUGUUUUGUUCACGUUCAAUUUUUUUUUCAUAUUUUUAAAGGUUUUUUUUUUUUUAUAGCUGAUUAUUAAUGUUCUAAAUUCUGUGAUGGAAAAGACCUGUUUGUCUUGAUUUAUGAUUUGAUCAUAAAAAAACAAAAAAAAACAAAGCUGUGCUGAUGCAUGGAGAUGACUGAUAAGGAUUUUGUACAAAGUUAAUACUCUGGGAUGAAGCCUAAAGAAAUGCAGAACACUGAUACUUAAAUUCAAAGUAAAAAUGAUGCCAAACAUUGGCUGGUUGUAUUUACUCAAA